AAAAGUGAUUUUCAAACCGUAAUUUGUGAUGCUGGCUCUAUAAUCUAUUUUAUCAACCUUUAGGAGCAAGGUCAAUAUUUGUCUACACUUCACAACAAAGGUUCAAAUACUACGGAUUAAUUGACUUUAUUAAAGGAACCCUAUACAAACAUCAAAGUACACUAAAUAUAUAUUGUCAAAAACGUCACUCAACAUCGGAAUAUAAGUUUCAGGAAAAAAAAUGGAGGAAACUAAUAGGCACAAAUUAGAGAGAUUCGUUAACGAACAUCCGAUAAAAGGAGCGACUUUCAUUUCCCAACUCUUUUUCUGUUGGCCUUUACCAAUAUUUUACAAAGGUCUAAAAACCCAAAUGGAGGAACACGACUUAUACGAAGUGUUGGAAGAGCACGACUCCAACGAACUGGGAGAUAAAUUCGAAAAAGAAUGGAUUAAGGAAGUUGCUAAAAGGAAACCGUCCCUUUGGAAUGUGCUUCGACGAGUUUUCUUUUGGGAAACUUGUUUUCUAGGUUUCCUUCUCUUCACCAUCGAACUGGGAAUCAAAUUGGUCCAUCCGAUUUGUUUGUCUAGAUUGAUGCUCUUCUACGGUCCAAAUCAAAACCAAGUGACCCAACAGGACGCUUAUAUUUGUGCUGGUUUAAUAAUUUUAGCUUCUUUUUUGAACGUAUUGGUUGGUCAUCAAUUGAUGUUCAGAAAUUUGAACUUGGGCAUGAAAAUGAGAGUGGCUUGUUGCUCGUUGGUUUACCGAAAAGCUUUACGAUUAAGUCGCGGUGCUCUAAUUGACACCACUGUAGGCCAAAUGGUUAAUUUACUGUCCAAUGAUGUUAAUCGUUUCGAUUACGCUUUAACUCAUCUCCACAAUAUAUGGGUGGCACCUGUUCAAGUCCUGGUGAUUAUGAUCAUCAUGUACUUCCUCAUCGAUCCCGUGUGUCUUCUGGGAAUCGCAUUUCUAUCCCUCUUUAUCCCGUUCCAAAUUUACCUCAGCGAAUUAACGUCAAGAUACAGAUUCAAAAUAGCAUCGAGAACGGACGAGCGAGUGAGACUGAUGAACGAAAUCAUUUGCGGAAUGCAAGUGAUAAAGAUGUACGCUUGGGAAAAGUCCUUCGCGAAAUUGGUCGAACUAGCCAGGAAAAGAGAGGUCAGUAAAAUCCAAGCCACUUCCUACAUUCGUGCACUGCUUCUCUCUCUCUCGAUGUUCAUGAACCGCACCGCCAUUUUUAUUUGCGUGCUGUCCUACGUUCUGACAGGUAACACCCUGACCGCUUACUACGUAUUCGUUGUGACGGCCUUCUACAACCUCCUGAGAGUGUCCAUGACCAUGCACUUCCCUUAUGCGAUGGGGGCGAUGGCGGAGGUCAGAGUGUCGAUCAAAAGGUUGGAGAAGUUUUUGAUGAGGGAGGAGGUGUACGAGAACAAAAGCGUCACUCAGAAACUGAGUCAUUUCUCGGAGGCUAAAGGGACAGGUGACUCUGGAGUUUGGAUGAAGAACGUGAGUGCGAAAUGGUUUCAGCAAUCCGAAGAAAACACCUUGAACGAUGUCGAUUUUUCCAUCAAGUCCAACAAGUUGGUUGCCGUUGUGGGACCUGUGGGCAGUGGAAAGUCCAGUCUUCUCAACAUUAUACUGAAAGAGUUACACAUGGUGAAUGGGUUUUUGGAGGUAAGAGGUAGAAUUUCGUACGCCAGUCAAGAGCCGUGGUUGUUUGGAGGCAGCGUAAGGCAGAACAUCUUGUUCGGUGAAAACUUGGACCUGCGAAAGUACUCCGAAGUUGUUAGAGCUUGCUCGUUGGAAAGUGACUUUCGUCAACUACCAUAUGGUGACAAGACUGUGGUCGGGGAACGGGGAGUGAUGCUCAGUGGGGGACAAAAGGCCAGAAUUAACUUGGCCAGAGCUAUAUAUAAAGACGCGGACAUUUAUUUGUUGGAUGACCCUUUAUCAGCUGUUGACACGCACGUGGGUAAACAUUUGUUCGAGGAGUGUAUCAAAGGUUUUCUCAAGAACAAAAAUGUUAUAUUGGUAACGCAUCAGCUGCAAUAUUUAAGAGCGGCCGAUAGGAUUUAUGUUGUGGACGAAGGGAAAAUGGAAAUGUUCAAAACGUACGACGACUUUAAAAAGUCCGAUACAAGUGUGAAGGACAUAAUGGACAACAAAACACAAGAGGAACAGGAUCCGAGCACAAGCGACAGGAUUACAUCCAUUACCGAAUAUGAGACACCUGUCGAAAUCCGGGAACAAAAACAAAAAGGAUCCGUUGGCAGUGGUGUCUAUCUACAUUACUUGAAAGCGGCAGGCGGGUAUCCUGCUGGUGUUUACGUGUUAUUGUUGUUUGUCGUGACUCAAUGUGCAGCCAGUCUUGGUGACUUCUUCAACGGAUACUGGGUGAAUUGGGAACAAAAGAAACAUGGUUCCGCACAAAGCCGUUGGGACUCUUACUUGUCAACGUACACCUGCAUCUUUAUCUACUCUGGACUUGUAACAGUCACAAUAUUAACAAGUCUUUGGAGAUCAAUGCAAUUCAUGUACUUUUGCAUGAGGGCAUCGAAAAGGAUGCACAACCGAAUGUUCUCUAGUGUUGUGAACGCCACGAUGAGGUUCUUCAACACAAACACGUCUGGUAGAAUUUUAAACAGGUUUUCCAAAGACAUCGGAGCAAUCGAUGAGAUUAUGCCGUUGGUAAUUUUGGACACCAUCCAGAUUGGAUUCAACGUGAUUUCCAUCACUAUUGUUGUAUCUCUGAUCAAUCCGUGGACGUUGCUAGUGACUGGGUUGAUUGUCUUGGUGUUUUACGUUUUUAGAAUUAUUUUUUUGAAGAGCAGCAGGAAUAUCAAACGUAUUGAGGCUACAACUAGAAGUCCAGUCUUCACCCACCUUUCGGCUUCUUUACAAGGUUUAGCAACUAUUAGAGCAUUUAAUGCUGAAAGAAUUUUACGGAGGGAGUUCGACAAUUUGCAGAAUAUUCACAGUUCUGCCUACUAUUUAUUCACGGCCUGCAACAGAGCUUUUGGAUUUUGGUUAGAUAUUCACUGCGUUAUUUACAUCGCAGCAGUCACAAUUAGUUUUCUCAUUACUGACACUGAGCAAUACGGAGGGAACGUGGGUUUAGCAAUAACCCAAUCCUUGGCUCUAACUGGCAUGUUCCAAUGGGGUAUGAGACAAUGGAGUGAAUGGGAAAAUCAGAUGACAUCUGUGGAAAGAGUGUUAGAAUACACGAAAUUGGAACCCGAACCCCAAAGAAGCAGACUUCUAAACGAACAGUGGCCAGAAUUUGGCAGUUUGAAGUUCGAAAAUGUCUACCUCAAAUACGCCGCAGAUGAAACUUAUGUGCUAAAUAAUGUGAACUUCGAAGUUCGCCCUAAAGAGAAGAUCGGAAUCGUGGGUCGGACUGGUGCGGGCAAAUCUUCGAUAAUGUAUUGUUUGUUUUUGCUGGCGCCAAUCGAAGGGAAAAUUUAUAUCGACGGAGUAGUGACUAGCACGAUUUGUUUGGAGCAACUUCGAUCCAAAAUUUCUAUAAUUCCGCAGGAGCCCGUACUGUUUUCCGGGACACUGAGGAAAAAUUUGGAUCCUUUCGAAGAGUACGACGACGAAACUAUUUGGUCGGCUCUGGAAGAUGUUGAGCUGAAAACCAUGGUUUCGGAUAUGCCCAACGCCCUCGAUUCCAGAAUGGAGGAGGGAGGUUCAAAUUUUAGCGUUGGCCAAAGGCAAUUGUUUUGUUUGGCCAGGGCGAUCAUAAGAAAGAAUAAAAUUUUGGUUAUGGACGAGGCGACUGCCAAUGUGGACCCAAAUACUGACGAAUUGAUUCAAAGGACGAUUAGGAAGAAGUUUGAUGAAUGUACUGUUCUGACCAUUGCUCACAGGUUGCACACUGUUAUGGAUUCUGACAGGAUCUUGGUGAUGGAUAAAGGAAGAGUUGUCGAAUUUGGACAUCCGCAUGUUUUGAUGAAGAACAUUGAUGGCAUAUUUUAUGGUAUGAUUUCGGAAACUGGAAAUAAUAUGGCAAAAAGUCUUAUGAAAAUAGCCAGUGAUAACUACAAAAGUUGAAGAAUGAGAAAUGAGAAACAAAGUUAACUAUUAGAAUUAAGUGUAAAAUGUUUAAUUUAUUAAGAAUUCAAUCAAUCAUCAAACGUUCAA